AGAGGAAGAUGGCGCCCGUUGCAGAUUAUCCCGGUGUUUGGGGAAAAGCGACCGCCACUAUUGACUGGUGCGAGGAGAAUUACGUGGUGACGGAAUACGUCGCUGAAUUCUGGAACACCAUUAGUAAUCUGGCCAUGAUCAUUCCUCCCAUUUUGGCUGGAAUCAAGGCCUAUCAGGAGAAACUAGAAACAAGAUAUGUGGUGUCAUUCUUCUCUAUAUUAGUUGUAGGAGUUGGGUCCUGGUGCUUCCACAUGACCUUGCUGUAUGAGAUGCAGCUGUUUGAUGAGCUGCCCAUGAUCUGGGGCUCCUGUAUUUUUGUUUUUGACCUGUUCCACUCCUUCACCCCUCCCAAGUACCAGAACCUUCCCAUGAUCCUCUGCCUGGUGCUAUACAGCUUCAUCAUCACAGCUGUUUAUGUUUCAAUCAAGAACCCCAUAUUUCAUGAGACUGCAUAUGCAGUGUUGGUUUUUACCCUGUUCUUCAAAUCAUUGGACAUGCUCAGGCGACCCAACAGUUCACGGGCACUGUUCUUCACAGCAUUAGCCACCUAUGGCACAGGGUUCAUCAUAUGGAACAUUGACAACUUCUUCUGUCACAAUAUAAGGGAGUUCCGAGGGACGCUGACAUCACCGUGGCGACCUCUGACCCAGCUCCACGCCUGGUGGCACCUGUUGGCCGGGCUGGGGACCUACAUUCAUGUACUGUAUAGUGUACAGGUCAGAACCAGCUAUCUAAAGUGGCCUGGAAAAGUGAAGACCAUCAUGGGAAUUCCCUAUUACCAUGUAUCAAAAACAGUGGAGAAGAACGGACCAGUACACAAAGACUGAUGAUGUCAUCACAGGAAGUGACAUCAGCACUCUACAGGAAGUAGCCUGACAUCUGUGGUUCAAGGUCAAGAAGGUUAUCAUUGGGAAGAGAACACUAUGCAGCAAGUUUAAACUGUAAUU